GGACUGUAAUUCUGUAAUAUAUCAUUGGACAUCGUAAACCCGACACUUAAAGCUCUUGGCCUAUAAGUCAUUUAUAAAAUUAUGAGUUCGUUGUAUUAUGCGAACGCACUGUUUUCCAAAUACCAAGUGCCGAGUUCUGUCUUCUCUACUGGCGUAUAUCCCGAGCAAACUUCUUGCGCAUUUGCGACCAGUUCCCAGCGGGCCAGCGGUUACGGCUCGGAUUCUACCGGUGCACCGGUCUCCUCUUCUUCCUCCUCCUUGUCGACCAUGUAUACCAACGGUGUUUGUCUUUCCAGCCAGAGCCAAGGCAUUUACCCAACUACGUAUGAGCUGGGGGUCGUCUCUUUGAACAUGCACAGCUCCCUGUUUGAUCAACCGAGUCUGCCCAUGGUGUGCACCGGCGAUCUCUCUAAAGCGCAAAGCAGUGGUAAGACAGAACAGAGAGGCUUCCUUCAGAACAACGACGACAACCUCCGGAUCUAUCCGUGGAUGAGAAGUACAGGUGUGGACCGGAAGAGAGGUCGCCAGACAUAUUCGCGCUAUCAAACGCUAGAGUUGGAGAAAGAGUUCCACUUCAACCGUUACCUUUCACGGCGACGGCGUAUCGAGAUUGCACACACUCUUUGCUUGACCGAACGCCAGAUCAAAAUCUGGUUUCAAAACAGAAGAAUGAAAUGGAAGAAAGAGAAUAAAUCGGCGGACCCUUGCUCUCCUGCUGCUGACCAAAUCGUGGAUGACGAGGAAGAAAAGUAGCAAUGGAAGGCAAGAAAGAAGAUGAACAGAAAAAAUAGACUGUGCUAUGAAGAGGAAGAGCAAUUUGACUUGCUUUAAUUCAUGACGAAAAAAGAUUCUACCUACUCCUACUAUUACUCAGUUCAUGUAGACAGUGUCAAGAUAGUGGCUGCUACUGUAACUUGUAUUUGACUUGUAUUCAUGUUAGAGACUAUUCAAAUAUUUAAAGAGAGUGAGAAAGAGAGGGAGAGAGAUAUCAAACUUUUGAAAAUUAAGUUUACAUGCUCACUUAUUUGUGGCCUAUUUUGUUCGGGCUAUUUACAGAACGGAGAAAGCAGCUUUAAACAAGUUUUGUGCAUAUAUAUUUAUGUUUUUUAUUUUUAUUUUGACAAACCGCUAUUCUGUAUAUAGAACUGUGUCUUAAUUGUUUGUUUUUUUCCUGUUUCGCAGAAGUGUUUAAAUAAACGAAGUGA